CCGGGCUCCGCCCGGCCCUCCUCCUCCUGCUCCUGUUACCCUCCCGGGGGCCGAAGCUGAGUCCUUAAAGGGCCAGCGCGCCUUUCCCUUUCCCUGCGCUUUGCGCAGCUGCUCUCUGGCUGGGGAGGGGCGCCCCCCACCCCCGCCGCGCUCAGGUGCAUUGUGGGAGGCCCCCCGCCGGGUUAGGGGAAGGGGGCGAGGGGGCGGAGCGCUGCAGUUUGAAGUGCCCUCCAUGGAGCCAGCAGGGGCCGUGGCCAGCCUAGGUCCCGAGGGCCCUGGCCAACUCCAGGAGCCCCACAGCCUCCUUGCCUUUGGCUCACAGCCCGAAGACCCAGCCCAGGACGGCUCCGAUGCCUCGGACACCGUAUUGUUGCGCCUGUAUCCUUGUAGUCCGGACUCUGGGAGUCCCGACCUGGAUGGGGUCCUCACUGCCCCUCCUAGUAAGUCCUCUCUUGGGGAGAGCUCUGUUCUAGGAGGAGGAGCUUCAGCCUACAGAAGCCGGCUCCCCGCACACACACCCCAGGAGACACGGGGUGCAUCUGUUACUGGUCCUGAAACCGAACCAGCAGGCAGUUCCUUGAAGCACUCCACCACCCUGACCAAUCGGCAGAGGGGGAAUGAGAUUUCAGCCCUGCCUGCCACUCUGGACUCUCUGUCCAUCCACCAGCUUGCUGCUCAGGGAGAACUGACCCAGCUGAAAGAAUACCUUCUUAAAGGUGACAACUUGGUGAACAAGCCUGAUGAGCGUGGCUUCACCCCCCUGAUCUGGGCAUCUGCUUUUGGAGAGAUUGAGACUGUGCGCUUCCUGCUGGACUGGGGUGCCGAUCCCCGAGUCCUGGCCAAGGAACGGGAGAGUGCCCUCUCACUGGCCAGCACUGGUGGCUACACAGAUAUCGUGGUUAUGCUUCUGGAGCGGGAUGUGGACAUCAACAGCUAUGACUGGAAUGGUGGGACUCCGCUGCUCUACGCUGUGAGGGGGAACCACGUGAAGUGUGUGGAAGCUCUGCUGGCCAGAGGGGCCGACCUAACUACAGAAGCGGAUUCAGGCUACACCCCGAUGGACCUGGCUGUGGCCUUGGGACACAAGAAGGUCCAACAGGUGAUGGAGAACCAUAUCCUUAAGCUAUUUCAGAACAAGCUGCUUCCAGAAACAGAGUGAAGGGGCCAACUCCCGCCCAGGACCCUGGGCUUUGGUCCUCUGCCUUCCAUCUGGUGCUCAGGAAGGCCUGCUCACUAAGAAGCCAGUUCUUCAGUACCUGUGGCCCGAGAGAACAGGUCCAAGAGGACGUCUCCCUCUUCCUAUGGCUGAAGGCCAUACCUCUUUCCCUAGCCACCUACAGAGCUCUGGGGGAGGCCCACACCCAAGAACUCAGUGCCCGAUGAUCAUGUCCAGUGGGACAUGAGGGGCAGACCCCGAAUGGGAACAAGGCAGCUCCUCUCCCUCCCAGGACCAUGGGAGGGACUGUGCUACUGGCUGGAAAUGUAGCGCGCCCCCCCUCCCCCCAUCCCAUUCCUCCCAGCCAGGCUGGCUCCUCUGGGGCCCCAGCACCAGCCACCCUGGGAGUCCCUCCUUGCCUCCCUAGGCCAUGAAAUGGGAACAGUAAUUAAUAAAAC